ACUGUGAUAUAGAAAUAUCGAUUGCGAAACAUCUGUCAAAAAAUCAACAUUUAUUUAUUGCAAAAAUAAGAAAUCAGUAUUUGGAAAUAACAAAAUGGGCGAUUAUGAUUCGGAUGAUGAGAAAUCUCAAAUGGAGAAACUGCGCUAUGCCAAAGUGCCGCGCGGCAUGUUUGUGAGCGGUUGGGAUGAUGAUACCGAUGACAUCGAGGAGGACAAAAAUCCACAAGCGAGCAUUGAACGAAUGAUAUUGUGGGCCGUGAGUGAGAAUCGUCUUAGUGAGGUGCGCGAAAUUCUUCAACUGGAUGCGGACACCGUCAAUGCCAAGGACAACGAUGGAUACACGCCGCUGCAUCGCGCUUGCUACAACAAUUUCUUAGACAUUGCAAGGCUUUUGCUCCAGUAUCAGGCUGACCCGAAUGCACGCACCGAGCUCGGUUGGACUCCAUUGCACUCGGCCUGCAAAUGGAGUCACCCCGAAAGUGUGCAGCUCUUGUUGCAAUUUGGUGCGGAUGUGAAUGCCGAAUCAGAUGGACAGCAAACGCCGUUGCAUGUAACGGCCACCGUUUCAAAUUGCAGAAAUGCGGCAACUAUUCUACUCAUGGAUCGCAAUAUCCAACCACGCAAGGAAAACAACACCGAGGAGACAGCCGCAGUUAUAGCACGUCGCACUGGCAUGAGCUAUUUCGUCUUUGAGAUCGCCAAUGAGGCCUACGACUGCAUCACCGGACUAAUUGACUGAAAUGUCAUUCGGUUCUUUUUAUUAAAUAUAAUACUUAAUGUUAGUUCAUAAAUUAUUAGUUAUUUGUUUAGCUGGCUGGAGCUGGAGUGCGCACAAAAUGCUCAUAGAAUGAUUUCGUAUAGUUGACCAUUUCAUCCUGCAUGGCAGCGGGCACAAAGUAAGGAUUACCUUGGCCGCCCUCGAUGGUGCCCUUGGCCGUGUAACGCAUAUAGCUGGAGACUGUUGUCUCUGGAGGCAACACAGCUCCAUCUUCGAUCACACAGCAAUCCUUAAGCGUACAGCGACGACCCUUUAAUCAAAACAAAUCUCAUGAAAAUAUGCUAAAUAUUAAACUGAUUUCCUGACUCACAA